AUGGGGCCCUGCCGCUGCCUGCUCUUGCUGCUCCUCGCCGUGGCCCUGCACGCCCAGCAGCAGCAGUUCAUGGAGUACGUGGAGCGACGCCUCACCCUCUUGGAGGAGAGGAUCGCGCAGUGGCACGACCAGAGCAGCCGCUACUCCACGGAGCUGCGGGACUUCAAGAACCAGGUGCUGGGGAUGCUUGAGACAGCGGAGAAGGAGCGGGAGGCAAUGCGGGCGGAGGUGGAGAGCACAGCGGUGCGCGUGGACCGGCUGGAGCGGGAGGUGGACUACCUGGAGACGCAGAACCCCGCACCGCCCUGCGUGGAGGUAGAUGAGACGUUGAUGGAGAAGCAAGCGGCCACAGCAAAACAGAGAAAGAAUGAGAAAUACGCCAAGCUGACAGACUGCAGCGACACCAUUGCAAGUGUCAGAGCCAUGAAGAUCCUGAAGCGUUUUGGCAGCACCUCAGGGCUCUGGACCAAGGAUGCUGCAGGGAACUCUGAAAAGAUCUAUGUCUUCGAUGGCACUGCCAAUGACACUGUGUACGUCUUCCCCCGCAUGCGGGAGUUCACUCUCUUCUCUGCCACCCGCAAGGCUGCCCGCAUCAAGCUGCCCUACCCCUGGGUGGGCACUGGGCACCUCAUCUACAAUGGGCACCUCUACUACAUCCGCCAGCAGGGCUCCUUCCAGGUGAUCAAGUUCAACCUGGCCAACAAGACAGUGGUGGACAGCUCAGUGUUCCCAGCUGAGGAGCAAAUCCCUGUCUUUGGGCUCUCUCCCUCCACCUACAUCGAGAUAGCGGCAGAUGAGGAGGGGCUCUGGGCCAUCUAUGCCACCAAGGAAGACGAGAAGAACAUAUGCCUGGCCAAGCUAGACCCCACCUCGCUGGACAUUGAGCAGAUGUGGGACACACCAUGCCCACGGGAGAACGCCGAGGCUGCCUUCGUGGUGUGCGGGGCACUGCACGUGGUGUACAACACGCGGCUGCCCAGCCGCUCCCGCGUGCAGUGUGUCUUCGACGUCAGUGGCACGCUGGCCCCUGAGGAUGCCUCCCUCGUCUACUUCCCCAAGCGCUACGGCUCCCACUCCAGCAUGAAGUACAGCCCCCAGGAGAGGCAGAUCUAUGCCUGGGAUGAUGGCUACCAGAUCAUCUACCGCAUGGAGAUGAAGAAGAAGCUGCAGGUCUGA